UCACGAUAAUACUGUGUCUCAACGCCUCUCCAAUGACCAUGUCUCUGCUCAUUUGUACAUGCAUCGUAGUAUACAUGUACAUGUGACGGUUGGGAGCAAGACGUUGAGGACGUCUCUAAAGCAGCGCCAUACAACUUCCAUCGGUGCCAAGAACAAUAUCUUUUGCAAAACGACGGUGUGCCUGUAUUAACACUCUUUCUACCUUCUUGUACCCGGCGUAGCACCGCGUCGCUUUCUAUUGUACGUUGCUAGGUGCAUUCCGGUACAAUGGUCGAAACAGUCCACCUAUCGCACAUGCCACCGGAGCUGGCCCUCUUCGCCGCGCUGUACACCGAUGUCGAGAACGCCUCGUUCCUCAAAGACCAACUUCUAGCCGGCAACGCAGACUUUGAAUACGCCUUCAUUGAUGCAAGCAUGGUCCUUUCCACGACACACGUUCUAGCCGCCACAUUUCGCGCCAUGAACGACUACAUAAACGACCGUCUCAAGUCGCGGAACGUACACUCUGAAAUCGUCUUUUGCCUGAGCCCGAACAACAAUAUCGGCGAAGCAUUCCGCAGAUUCGGCGUCAGCGAAACAACUAAAGACUUACUCGUUCUCAAAGUCGCGACCACUCCACAAGUCACUCUCGACAGCGUCAGCCAACAUCUAUCAUCGAACAUCCAUGGUAAAGAAUGCGCCUUCGACGACGCAUCGUUCCGCAAGAUUGCAGACGUCGAUCGUUUACGCAAAGUAUAUAAACUCGGUGCACCCCAAACGAGCAAAGGCAAAGGCGGCAGCAAGCCUGUCAACGGUACUACCUCGACGAGUCAAGACAAGGAGGUCGAUACGAUCAGGCAUCUCGAGACGCAAAUCCUUGGGGUGAUGGCGCUGAGAGGCGCAACAUGAACCUCUGACUACGUUGUCA